UUUCCAUUCCUGUGAUUAGAAACCAUCAUGAAACUGGUUACAUGGUUUACAGCGGGUCACCAAUGCUGGAGAGGGUACAGAGUCCAGGGAAAGACUUGCUCGUCACAAAAUAUGACAAGCUGCUCUUUUUCUCAUGCUCAAUGAUUUCUGCCUUAAGCCAAAGGACUGCCUAUAAUCUUACUAAGAAUGUCUUCUAAUUCCGAUACUGGGGAUAUACGAGAAUCUCUAAAGCACGGACUUACACCUAUUGUGUCUCAAUUUAAAAUGGUGAAUUACUCCUAUGAUGAAGAUCUUGAAGAGCUUUGUCCCGUGUGUGGCGAUAAAGUGUCUGGAUACCAUUAUGGGCUCCUCACCUGUGAAAGCUGCAAGGGAUUUUUUAAGCGAACAGUCCAAAAUAAUAAAAGGUACACAUGUAUAGAAAACCAGAAUUGCCAAAUUGACAAAACACAGAGAAAACGUUGUCCUUACUGUCGAUUUCAAAAAUGUCUGAGUGUUGGAAUGAAACUAGAAGCGGUAAGAGCCGAUCGAAUGCGUGGAGGAAGAAAUAAGUUUGGGCCAAUGUAUAAGAGAGACAGGGCCCUGAAGCAACAGAAAAAAGCCCUCAUCCGAGCCAAUGGACUUAAGCUAGAAGCCAUGUCUCAGGUGAUCCAAGCAAUGCCCUCCGACCUGACCAUCUCCUCGGCAAUUCAGAACAUCCACUCUGCCUCCAAGGGCCUACCUCUGAACCAUGCUGCCUUGCCUCCCACAGACUACGACCGAAGUCCCUUCGUCACGUCCCCCAUUAGCAUGACAAUGCCACCUCACGGCAGCCUGCAAGGUUACCAAACGUAUGGCCAUUUUCCUAGCAGGGCCAUCAAGUCUGAGUACCCAGACCCCUACACCAGCUCUCCCGAGUCCAUCAUGGGCUAUUCUUACAUGGAUGGUUACCAGACCAGCUCUCCAGCGAGCAUCCCACAUCUGAUACUGGAACUUUUAAAGUGUGAGCCAGACGAGCCGCAAGUUCAAGCCAAAAUCAUGGCCUAUUUGCAGCAAGAGCAGGCGAACCGAAGCAAGCAUGAAAAGCUGAGCACGUUUGGGCUUAUGUGCAAAAUGGCAGACCAAACCCUCUUCUCCAUUGUUGAGUGGGCCAGGAGUAGCAUCUUCUUCCGAGAACUGAAGGUUGAUGACCAAAUGAAGCUGCUUCAGAACUGCUGGAGUGAGCUCUUAAUCCUCGACCACAUCUACCGGCAAGUGGUCCAUGGAAAGGAAGGGUCGAUCUUCCUGGUUACUGGGCAACAAGUGGACUAUUCUAUAAUAGCAUCGCAAGCUGGCGCCACCCUCAGCAACCUCAUGAGUCACGCACAGGAGCUCGUGGGAAAACUUCGGAACCUACAGUUGGAUCAGCGAGAGUUUGUGUGUCUAAAGUUCUUGGUGCUCUUUAGUUUAGAUGUCAAAAACCUGGAGAACUUCCAGCUGGUCGAAGGGGUCCAGGAACAAGUCAACACAGCCCUGCUAGACUACACACUUUGCAACUACCCACAGCAAGGAGACAAGUUUGGGCAGUUACUACUCAGACUACCGGAAAUCCGGGCGAUUAGCAUGCAGGCUGAAGAAUACCUCUACUACAAGCACCUGAAUGGGGAUGUGCCCUAUAAUAACCUUCUCAUUGAAAUGUUGCAUGCAAAAAGAGCGUAAGGUUACAACCCCAGGAGCGCUGCCUUCAGAACAAAAAGAGACUGGGGUGGGGAGGGGAAGGACAGGAAGAGAAAAAAAAAAAAUACUCUGACUGCUCCAAGCAACGCUAAUUAAAAAAACUUGGUUUAAAGAUACUGAAUUUUAAAAAGCAUAAUAAUCAAAUACUUAAAAUAACGAAUAAAUGAUGUAUCAGGGUAUUUGUAUUGCAAACUGUGAAUCAAAAGCGUCACUACCCCCAAGGGUUCAUAUGAAAGACACUGUAAGGGCGUGGACUGAACUCACAGGUGGAUUCCAACACUGUGUCAGAAUAAAAAAAAUGGACGGGACGAUUAUUGAAUAUUUAAGCUGAUCUCCACUGUGAAGAAAUUUAGGAACUAAUCUGUGUUAUUAAUUAGGCUUGUUCAGUGCGGGGGCUGAGUUUACAGAAUUCCUCCACGGUGAAGCUGAACCGAAACAGUUCUCAAGAAUGUGUCAGCCGGACCUGUGACUGCUCCACCCUCUUCCUCUGAAGGCCCCCCCCCCACCUUCUGCCCUGUGACCGCGGAAUCUGUCCUGAGGACUUGUGCUCAGACACGCCCAGUGGUAGCGCCACUAAAUCAUGAAUUCUGAAUGUCUGUGUCAUAAUAGACCUGCAAACAGCUAUUAGGAACAGUCUAUAAAUACGUCAGCUUGCCAUUUUAAAUAUGUCCCAGUUUGUUUUGUCAACGUGCUCAUGAUUGGAAAAAAAAAAAAAAAAGCAGGCAGUGUCCCUCUUCUAUCAUAUAUAAGUAUUGAUUAAUAUUAAGGGAUAUGACUACAAAUUUUUUAAGUAAAUACUCCAUCACUAAAGCAAGUUAGAUCUUAUUUCUGCUACUGUUGCUGAAAUGUGGCUUUGGCAUUGUUGAAUUUCAUAAGAAUUUCUAGCCAAAGGCUUAGUAGGACACAUCUGUCUUUUUAAUCGUCAAAGUUUGUAUUCAUUUAAAGAUAAGAUAGUAAACAUUUUUUGCUGGGAUGUCAAAUAGUCACAGUUCUAAGCAGUUGAACAUAAAAAUUGAAGCGUGUAAAGCUAUGCAAAGUGAAAAAACCGAUGAGCCGAUAAACUGACGACCCGAGGUUCAUUCUAGUUGCAAAUGAGAAUCUCCUAAACUUGGAAUGGAAACAGUGAUUUUUUUUUUUUUUUUUACAUGUAGCCUGGAAAGAUAGCAAAGUCAUUCAAAUCCUUCCCAAAGGGGAAAGGAAGAGAGUGAUACUGAUCUAAGUCACCGGCCAGAGUCUGCUGCAGAACAAAUAUUGGAGGAUAAAGAAUUGCAAAAUGAAGCUGGGUGUGGUGGCGCACGCCUGUAAUCCUAGCACCUGGGAGGGCUGAGGCAGGAGGA